AUACAGAGAUGGACGCCUUGUUUGAUUUAAUCUGCGAGAUCCUCGUGCUCUCCUCACUCUCAAGUCCUAUAAAUCUCUGCCUUUGCCACCCUCUCUUUCUUCCCAUACUCUCUCUCUCUUCUUCAAAUACUUUGAUUUCCUCUCUUUCUUUAAUUAUUCGUCGACUUGAAUUAUGACUCCUGCACUAGAUUCCAAGUCAAUCAAUCCCAAAGAUGUCUGCAUUGUUGGUGUUGCGCGUACACCCAUGGGUGGUUUCCUUGGUACAUUGUCAUCCUUGACGGCCACUAAGCUUGGAUCUGUUGCUAUUGAGGGUGCAUUGAAAAGGGCAAAUAUCGAUCCAUCCCUUGUACAAGAAGUGAUUUUCGGAAAUGUUCUUAGUGCAAAUUUGGGUCAGGCUCCUGCAAGGCAAGCAGCAUUAGGGGCAGGAAUACCAAAUACAGUGGUAUGUACCACGGUCAAUAAAGUUUGUGCAUCAGGGAUGAAAGCUGUGAUGCUUGCGGCACAAAGUAUCCAAUUGGGCCUCAAUGACGUUGUUGUGGCAGGAGGCAUGGAAAGCAUGUCAAAUGCCCCUAAAUACAUAGCUGAAGCCAGGAAGGGUUCCCGUCUUGGACAUGAUACACUUGUCGAUGGGAUGCUCAAAGAUGGGCUGUGGGAUGUUUACAAUGAUUGUGGCAUGGGAGUUUGUGCUGAAUUAUGUGCAGAACAUCAUGCAGUAACAAGAGAGGAUCAGGAUAACUAUGCUUGCCAAAGCUUUGAGCGUGGUGUUGCUGCUCAGGAGGCCGGUGCUUUUUCAUGGGAGAUAGUUCCCGUUGAAGUUUCUGGUGGAAGGGGAAAACCAACAACAGUCGUUGAUAAAGAUGAAGGCCCUACUAAGUAUGACCCUGCGAAAUUAAGAAAACUUAGACCAAGUUUCAAAGCAGAUGGAGGCACUGUUACCGCUGGAAAUGCUUCUAGCAUAAGUGAUGGUGCUGCUGCAAUUGUUUUAGUGAGUGGACAGAAGGCACUAGAGCUUGGGUUAGAGGUGAUUGCUAAGAUUAGUGGUUAUGGAGAUGCCGCUCAGGCUCCAGAGAAUUUCACGACAGCUCCCGCCCUCGCAAUACCAAAGGCCAUUUCUCAUGCAGGCUUGAAUGCUUCACAGAUUGAUUACUAUGAGAUAAAUGAAGCUUUCGCUGUUGUUUCUGUUGCGAAUAUGAAAUUGCUUGGGCUUUCUGAGGAUAAAGUAAAUGUGCACGGUGGAGCUGUGUCCUUGGGACACCCUCUUGGGUGCAGUGGAGCACGAAUCAUCGUUACACUUUUGGGGGUAUUACGACAGAAAAGUGGGAAAUAUGGUGUUGCUGGUGUUUGUAAUGGUGGAGGUGGUGCAUCUGCUCUCGUUGUAGAGCUUUUGUAAGACUUGAUAUUUAAGGCUUAUUGAGGACUUAGCUCAUCACAAUGUUGGAGGAGCAGUUAGAAAUAAGUGUACAACCUGUCAUUUAUGACAUUUUUAUGCCCUUAAUAUGGCUCCAAUUGUGCAAGCAAUUUUUUUAAAAAAAUUAAUAGUGGUACAAAUGUUUUUGUACUUUGGUAGCUUUUGUUUUUCUUUUUUUUUUUUUUUCCGCGUUUGGAAGUUUAGAUGAUAUGAUAGUAUUUGUUUUAUGUUGUACUAGGACUGACCUAUUGAAUGGGGCAUAAGUUGUAUUCUUAGUAUCUCAUCUUGAAGUUUCUGUCUAUUCUUGAUUUUAAGUUAUAAUAAGCCGAAUGCUGAUUUCGAAAAUGGAAUUGAA